GACCCCACAGCAUCGUGGAGUUCAACCACUACGCACCAGGGGGUUUUCAGUCCGCGAACAUACGCGAUCAGGUUCACCUCGAAAAAAAACAUAAAGCUGUAACAUAUUGUAAAUUGUAAAUAGUUAAAUGGCCUAAUUGUGCAACGUUCUGUAUUAUGCAGUGGACAAAGUGUGAUCAACAAUUUAUGUGAAAACCGGUCAGUUGCAAAUCGUUGAUUGUUUGAUUAAAGAGAACAUUUCAAAAAAGACGUGACAAUGGCAUCUAAACGAUUAGAUAUAUCGCGCGGUUUUGUUUGUUGCUCGAAUAUAAUUUUCUUGAUGUCAGGUUUCGUGUUGAUGUCAUUGGGAGGAUUAUUAUUAGCCGAUAAUGAUCGAAUUUUAUUAUCACGUUUGUUGGGACCUGGUGACUUCCAUCCCGAGCAACCGCUCUUUUAUUAUUUGGCUUUUGCUUUAGUUGCAUUAGGAUUUUUUAUUGCCAUUGUCGGACUUGGUGGAUGUUGGGCAGCUUGUCUUUAUAAUCGCUGUAUCACAAUUUCUUAUCUCGUGACAGUAAUUUUAUUGCUCUUUGGUGAAUGCAUCGUGUGCAUUAUCGCUGUCUUCUGGCCUUAUAUACUGGGAAUUGAUGUAAGACCGGCACGUCUGAUACGCGCUUUACAACGCAGUUAUGCUGUACCUGGACGCGAACAAUUCACAGCAGCCAUCGAUCUCGCACAAACAAUAUUCGCCUGUUGCGGCAUAAACGGAAGUAGCAAUUACGGCACGUCGUGGUGGCGGCUGCAGGAAGCCGGCCGAAGAGAAUUAGUAGUACCUCUCAGUUGUUGCACCCUGAAUAACGCCAAUGAGACGGAUUCCUUCCUCAACCCCAAACCUGCCAAUCUUACUCUCUGUCAGGUUCUGAACCCUGCCGAACAUCAAUACGCCCGACAUACUGUGGGUUGUCUUGAACAUAUUGAGAAGUGGACACAAGAUCAAGCAUUGAUCGUGCUUACUAUCGUGUUAGCCAUCAUGUUUGUCGAAGUUAUUGCGCUCUUCAGCAUAUUUCUCGCUUGCUCCCGAGGAAACAGAAGAAGUAAAUCGCAAACGUCGACUUUUACCUCCACACAGACUCUGAGUCCGUUCAACGAAAGCGAUCACGACUUUAGUAAGAACGAAGGACGAACACCUAUUGAUAUCAAGAAUACUAAACAAGAACCUGCGUAUGAUGAUAAACAUAGCAUAUUAGUGCCGAGCAGAAAGAGUAUAAUCGAAGAAUGGCGAAAUCCUCCCAAAUACUCUGAUGAUUUCUUACGAAACGAUCAAAUGUACGAAGAACGAGCGGUCGAUGUUGUAAUCGACAAUCGUCCUUCGGAGUAUCGUAAAAGACAAAGCGUGCCAUUGUCGACAAUCGCGAUUGAUGACGUCAACAAAAAUAAUAAUAAUAAAUAUAAACCGAUUAAAAUUCAAAGGCCACAAAAAGGCGAAACAGUUCGAAGUAUUCCAAUCAAAGACUACCAAGCAUCGAUCGCUCAUAAUUUUGAUACGUUAAGACGAUCUGUAGCACCCCAAUUGCAAUUCGAAUCUCUGGUUUCGGAACCUGAGAAAAGCGUUUAUGUAUCGUCGAAAAAAAGAGCUCCCGUAGCCAACUGUAGUAGUUUGUAUCAGCGAACCAUGUCGCCUACACACACUGCUACGCAAAUCACUAACGCUCACCAAAAAUCAUGUUGCCACUUUUGCAAUAGUCAGCACAAUUCGCAUAUCUGCAAUGAUAAAUACAUUGAAGAUGAUCAACGUUUUGACAAUACGGAGGCUCAGAAAUUAGAGGACAGUUCUGACAUAGACGAAUAUUUUCACAAAAAAUUCAACUCGAAUAAUUACCAAACUUCAGUCAAAUGUACUCGCAAUUUUCCACCAAGUACGAUACCGACUGUUACGAACGAGGACAAAGCAAAAUUAAUGAGGGAUGAGCAAGCAUUACAGUUGGCGGAAGGUCACGUUGGUAAAAAAAUAUCGGCUUACGAGGAAAACACAAGACGUAGUUUGCGCAAUUUUAAUCCCAAGUAUCGAUCGCUCUUCGAAGUGAAAGGACACCGGACUAUUGGUGUACCAUUGGUAGGUAUGCACAACGCCUGUGGCUUACCCGUCGUGGCUUCUUGGAAUGACCACGAAUUUCUAGAUCCUUUGCGAAUCAGCCGCAGGAUUGCAAGAACUGUGAGACCAAUUUACAGAAGUCCUCGAACAAUGUCGAACGUGAAACGUCGAACUCAACCGAAAAGGAAGGCGCCGCAACCGGAGUGUGAGGUGAUGCCUGCGAAGAACGUCGAUCGCAGCGUCAGAAGAUCAACGAUCAAAUCGGCGCAUUCAGAUGCUAUUAACGGCAGUAGAAGGUCUAGGAAAAAACAUUGUCGCUCGUCUCUUAUCACUACAAAAAUGGGAUCAUUGUCUCCAAAGAAUUCAUUUAAAAAGACAACUAGAUACAUAAGACAUGGAAUUAAAGCAAGUUCGUUGAUGGAUACUUUUGGCAGGAAAUCGCUUAAAAAUCCAAGUAUGAAACGAACGACACUAUACGCGAAAGAUGACGGAAAAGAACCUGUUCAAGUUCUCAAAAAUUUGUGUUUGAAUCCUUUGGCGCGUAAUAAUCCUGAAUCAGAUAUGAUGUGGUGAGGCAACAAUGUUCAUAAAGAAGUUAUGUGCUUGCUUGUGAGUGUUCUUAUUAAUAUUUUUAUUGAAUUAUAAAAAAAUGUCUUUUUUUGCAUUGUUUAUAAAAACAAUAUAAAUAAAUAAGCAAGAUAUUUGAACAUACAGUUUUACUUUUUAUAUAUUCAAAGAUGUUAUUACGCGUACGAGUUUGUUGUGUAAAUAUGUAUUCGAUAUAUAUAUAAUAUUAUAGUAGUAAAAUUUAUUAGAUUUUAUAUAUCUGAAAUUUUAUAAUAAAAAAGGAAAUACCUAUGUAAUCUUUGCGCUCGCUCGCGCUUAUCGCUGCCCUCAUUGAAGC